CAAAAAAUUAUCUACCCUAGCUUCAGAAGACUCUGGACUAACCUUUACCAAGCGAUUAGAAUCGUUGAAACAAUUAGUUACAGCAUGGGAAAAUGGAGAAACAGUUGCAUUAGUCAAUGACUCUAAAAAGCAACAAUAUUCAAAAAAUAAAAUACACAAAAACAAAGCUCAACAAGUUCCGUCAGUAAAAAUGAAACAAGAAUCAGAAAUGAAUGCCUGCAUCCCGACACCAAAUGUUGCAAAGGCAAACCGAAGACAACUAGUAGAGACCAGAGCAGAACGACUGUUUGAGAGUCAGCAAGAUAAUGACCUUGAGAAAUCAAAGUUAGCUAAUGAAUUCAAACAAGAUCUCCAGAGUAUCAAGAUGCAGUCUACAUAUCAAAAGAGAGGAAGACCAAAAGGCCACGAACUAACAGCGAUAGGCCUGCCAUCGAAAAAGAAGAAGUCUCUGAAAACUCUCCAGCCAUUUAAUAAGUUGCACACAUCAGUAAAGAAGAAGGUAAUGCUAGAAUGGUUGGUGGACGCAGAUGUGGCAGCAGGUGUGCUGAAAAAUUCACAACAACUGCUUAGUGAAAAAGAUGUCGAGGCUAGACCAGAGAUGAUAACUGAUGCUGUUCUGGAUGAGAACGUAGACAUUCAUUUAAUCAGGAAGUACUUUCAAUACGAUGCUUGGCUGCUUGUGACCCAAGUUGUGUACGGCAGAAGCAGGAAACUCAAGGAUACAUUUGCAAAUAAUGCAAGCUUAGAGUAUAGCUGUUCCCAUGAUCUAGAUGAUGAGUCACAAGCAAUUUUGUGUGACCACUGCCUUCAGUGGUUUCACAUGAAGUGCGUGGGGCUGAAACAGAAGCCAAAGAAAAAGUACUUUGUUUUGCAGACAUUGCCACCAUGCAUGCUCAAUGUAGCUAGUGCUCUACCACGCUAGCUAUAGCCAUAUUUACGAAUAGAUACACAUACCUAUUGCUGACUAAGAUUAUAGCUUGCUUAGCUGUGACAACU